CCAUCUCUCUCUCUCUCCCCCCCUCUCUCUCUCUCUCUCUCUCUCUAUUGCCGCCGAUCGACCGACCGACACUUGCAGCCAUUUUACGCAGGACGAACCCGAUCAUGUCGUGAGCGGAUCCCGCCGGUCACCUGGGCAGAGCCAGCCAGCCGCGCGCGCCCCGGCGCUCGCACACGGAGGGUGACAGGGGAGAGGGGGGGGGCCUUGGGGGGGGCGGGGGGCGGCAGGUAGGUCCGGCCAAAAUGGUGAAAAGGAAAAGCCUGGACGAUAACGAGCCGGAGUGCGGGAAAGGAAUACCGUUCCCCAUCCAGACCUUCCUGUGGAGGCAAACCAGUGCAUUUCUGCGUCCAAAGUUGGGAAAACAGUAUGAAGCAUCUUGUGUGUCCUUUGAGCGGGUGCUGGUGGAGAAUAAGCUCCACGGGCUGUCGCCGGCGCUGUCGGAGGCCAUUCAGAGCAUCUCCCGCUGGGAGCUGGUCCAGGCGGCCCUGCCUCAUGUACUCCACUGCACCUCCAUCCUGCUAUCUAACAGGAACAGGCUGGGCCACCAGGACAAGCUGGGCGUAGCCGAGACCAAGCUGCUGCACACGCUGCACUGGAUGCUGCUGGACGCCGCUCAGGAGUGCAACCACGAGCCCAGCUUGAGCCACGGCUGGUCGGGCGGCAGCAGCAGCAGCGCGUUCCUCCAGCCGGUUGGCAACCAGGGGUCGUCCCCGGGGGCUCCCGGCUCUGGCUCCGGAUCCGCCCUGGGGGGGUCGGGCCCCCAGCAUGGCGGCUCCCUGCCGGAGGAGGACGAGCAUGCUCGCACCAAGCUGUUCCACAAGAGCAUGGCCACGGUGGAGCUGUUUGUGUUCCUGUUCGCUCCGCUCAUUCACCGGAUAAAGGAGUCGGACCUGACCUUUCGAUUGGCCAGCGGCCUGGUGAUAUGGCAGCCGAUGUGGGAGCACCGGCAGCCCGACAUCCCCGCCUUCACCGCGCUCAUCAAACCAGUCAGAAACAUUGUAACAGCAAAGAGGAACUCCCCCGUCAACAACCAGUGCAGCCCCUGUGGAUCCGGCAACCCGGGUCCCAUGGGAUUCCAGGUGGUUUGCGAAGCCGCCCAAUCGGAUUCCUCCUCCCCCGCAGCUGGAGAGAGGAGCUGUCGUCGUGGUAACUCGGUCGAGAAAGGUGGCCCUUCCCAACAACCCCCAGCAGUGAAAGGUCCUUCCAAGAAAAAGACAUCAGCGCCCGCCGGCCUGCUGACCUCCAUGGCCCAACGAGCACGCUACGCAACGUACUUCGAUGUGGCGGUGCUGCGCUGCCUGCUGCAGCCGCACUGGACAGAGGAGGGCGUGCACUGGGCCCUGAUGUUCUACCUGCAGCGCCUGAGGCAGAUCCUGGAGGAGAGACCCGAGCGCACCUCCGAACCCUCGGUGACGCCUCUGCCGCGUCCCCGCAGCAGCUCCAUGGUGGCGGCUACGCCGUCACUGGUCAACACCCACAAGACUCAGGACAUGACUCUGAAAUGCAACGAAGAGGGGAAGUCUCUGAGCACAGAGACGUUUACGAAGGUCUCUCUGACCAGCCUCCGUCGUCAGGCCGUCCCUGACCUCUCCUCCGACCUGGGCAUGAGCAUUUUCAAGAAGUUUAAGAACCGGCGUGACGACCGCGAGCGAAAGGGCUCCAUCCCGUACCAUCACGCGGGGAAGAAGCGCCAGCGGCGUAUGGGCGUUCCCUUCCUGCUCCACGAGGACCACCUGGACGUCUCGCCCACCCGCAGCACCUUCUCCUUCGGUAGCUUCUCGGGCCUCGGGGAUGACCGACGGGCUCUGGACCGCGGGGGCUGGCAGGCCACCAUCAUGGGCAAGUUCACACGGAGGGGCAGCACGGACACUGCUGCAGACGCCGAUAGUCUGAGUGCCAAGCACUCUCAUUCCCACCACUCUUUGCUCAGAGACAUGCCCGACCACUCCAACAGCCACAGCGAUAACACCGUCAGAGAGGUGCGAUCUCAGAUCUCCACCAUCACCAUGGCUGCAUUCAACACCACGGUGGCGUCAUUCAACGUCGGCUACGCCGACUUCUUCACGGAGCACAUGAAGAAGCUGUGCAACCCCGUCACCGUCCCCGAGAUGCCUGUGGAGCCGCUGGCCUGCGCCAACCUGCCACGCAGCUUCACCGACUCCUGCAUCAACUACUCCUGUCUGGAGGAAGGGGAGAACAUUGAGGGCACCAACAACUUUGUGCAGAAGAACGGCAUGCUGGACCUCACUGCUGUGCUGCGGGCUCUCUACGCCGUCCUCAGCCACGACAUCAGCUCCAGGAUCUGCGAUGUGGCUCUCAAUAUCAUCGACUGCCUGCUGCAGUUGAGCGUGGUGCCCGACAUGGGCAAGAAGCUGUGCAAGCCCGACAACAAGGAGAACCAGGAGGCCCGAGCCAAAGACACGGCCGGUCAGGGCCUCGGAGCGGGCGCCCAGGGAGGCGGGUCCCUCCCGGGGGCGGGUGGAGGGGGCGAUGGUGGUGGUGGUGGUGGAGGAGGAGGAGGAGGAGGAGGAGGAGGGGGAAGUGGUGGAGGGAGUGGGCAAGGGAGCAAAGAUGAUGUGAAAAAUAACAAGGAUUACGAUAAAAAGGAAGAAGGCUCUGGCUUCAGCACCCACCGCCUGGCUCUCACCAUGCUGAUAAAAAUAGUGAAGUCGCUGGGCUGUGCCUAUGGCUGUGGCGAGGGACACCGCGGCUUGUCAGGGGAUCGCCUCCGGAUGCAGGCCCAGAACUGCCUGACCAGCCUUUAUAAGCUGGACAAGGUGCAGUUUCGACAGACAAUGCGCGAGUACGUCAACAAAGAUUCUCUCAAUAACAUAGUGGACUUCCUGCAUGCACUGCUGGGCUUCUGCAUGGAGCCCAUCACUGACAACAAGGCAGGCUUCGGUAACAACUUCACCACGGGGGACAACAAGUCCGUGGCCCAGAACAUGGAGGCGGUUGUGGUGGGCUGCAUGUUCAAGUCUCUCAUAACCCGCUGCGCGUCGACCACACACGAGCUGCACAGCCCCGAGAACCUGGGCCUGUACUGUGACAUCCGCCAGCUGGUGCAGUUCAUUAAGGAGGCCCAUGGAAAUGUGUUCCGCCGGGUGGCGCUGAGCGCCCUCCUGGACAGCGCCGAGAAGGUCACCACCACCAAGAAACCCGAGGAGAAGGAAGAGGCCAAGCAGCCGGGACCCAGGAGGUCAGAGGCGGGUGUGUCCGGGGAGAAGGGUCAGGUGUCCAGUGCUGCAGAUGAGUGUCGCAGCUACAUCUCCAGUAGACCCCCCCAGACCCCCGAACAUGACGAGCAGAUCCCCGGCGCUCUGCUGGGCAGGAAGGACUUCUGGAGGAAGAUGUUCAAGUCGCAGAGCGCCGCCAGCGACACCAGCAGCCAAUCCGAGCAGGACACCUCCGAGUGCACCACCGCACACUCCGGCACCACCACGGACCGGCGCUCGCGCUCCAGAUCCCGCCGCAUCUCGCUUCGCAAGAAACUGAAGCUGCCGAUAGGCAACUGGUUGAAGCGUUCUUCCCUUUCUGGACUGACCGACGGUGUUGAGGACCUGCUGGACAUCAGCUCGGUGGAUCGUCUCUCCUUCAUACGUCAGAGUUCAAAGGUGAAGUUCACCAGCGCGGUGAAGCUGCUGGAGGGCGGCGCGGUGGGGCCGGAGUUCGCCAGGGACGAGGAGGAGAAUUUCUUCAAGCGGCUCGGUAAAUGGAGGUCUGGCAGGCGGAAUCCAUCCAAGCUUCACCACACAGAAGAGAAAGAUGGACCUCACGGCUUUCAAGAGCGUCUGGCGGCCAGCCAGGAGGCCAUGAAGAACAAGAACGUAGUGAAUCUGGGCGCCAUUCGACAGGGCAUGAAGCGCUUCCAGUUCCUGCUGAACUGCUGCGAGCCGGGGACCAUACCGGACGCCUCCAUCCUCGCCGCUGCUCUGGACCUGGAAGCUCCUGUCGUGGCCCGGGCCUCCCUCUUCCUCGAAUGCGCCCGGUUUGUGCACCGCUGUAACCGUGGCAACUGGCCGGAGUGGAUGAAGGGCCACCACGUAAACAUUACCAAGAGAGGCCUCUCGCGGGGUCGAUCACCUGUUGUGGGCAACAAAAGAAACCAGAAGCUCCAGUGGAACGCCGCCAAACAUUUCUGCCAGUGGGGAGAUGCCAUCGGCACGAGGCUCAGUGAACUGUGUCACUCUGACAGCGAGAGCCCUGCAAACAUCCUGGGUUACAUCUUUGAUGAGGAGACCAAACGGAGGAUGAGAAAAGAAGACGAGGAAGAGGACUAUCUGGAUGACAACACAGUCAAUCCUACAAAAUGUGGCUGCCCCUUCGCUCUGAAGAUGGCUGCCUGCCAGCUGUUGUUGGAAAUCACCACUUUCCUGCGGGAGACCUUUCCCUGCCUACCACGCCCACGCACCGAACCACUGGUGGAUCUUGAAAGCUGCCGCCUGCGGCUGGACCCGGAUCUCGGCCGCCAGCGCUACGAGAGGAAGAUCAGCUUUGCGGGAAUCCUCGACGACGAGGACGGCCACGACUCGCUCAACAGCAGCAGCCACACGCUGAAGUCCGACACCGUCUGCGACGAGAAGAAGCAGCCGGAAGUUCAAGACAAUCUCGCUCCGCUGCCCUCCCCUCCAGCGCCGAGCCGGAAGAUUCGCAUCGGGGGCUCCCGGCUGCUCCAGAUCAAAGGCGCUCGCAGCUUCCGCAUAAAGAAAGGCGGCUCCCUGUCCUCCAUACGCCGGGCCGGGAGCCUCAAGAGCACCAAGAUACCGCGGCAGGACUCCGGGUCGGAGAACGACGAGGGGCUGCUGUCGCAAACGCACAGCAGGGAUACCGUCACCGACAUCGGCAGUCCCUUCAGCACCAGUGAACCCAGCAUAGAGCCGGAGGGUCAGGGCUCUGGGGGAGCAGAGGACAACUACCACCGCAACAUGUCCUGGCUCCACAUUAUGAUCCUGCUGUGCAACCAGCAGAGCUUCAUCUGCACCCACGUGGACUUCUGCCACCCUCGCUGUUACCAGCACCACAGCCGCUCCUGCGCCCGUCUGGUGCGCGCCAUCAAGCUCGUGUAUGGCGAGACAGUGGACAGCCUGAGAGAGGAGAGCGCCUCCUCCGGUUUUAUUGGGGCGCGUGCCAAGAAGAGCAAAGAGUGUUCAGACAAGUCUUGCCUGAGGACCCCGUCUAUGAAGAGGAGACCCACGGACUCCAACACGGAGGGGAAGAAGGACACCGGCAUGCUCAAGUACAUCCGCAACCAGGUGAUGAGCCUGUCGCCGGCGCCGCUUUCGCUGCUGAUCAAGGCGGCUCCCAUCUUGACCGACGACAUGUACGGAGACAUCCAGCCAGCGGCCUGGGAGCUCCUGCUCAGUGUGGAUGAACACAUGGCGGCCGCGGCAGCUGCCAUGUUCCUCCUGUGUGCUGUCAAGGUCCCCGACGCGGUGACCGAAAUGAUGAUGGCAGAGUUCCAGCACCAGGAGGCCUGCCAGCGCAUCAACUCCGUCCUGAAGUUUUACACACUGUGGCGUUUUCGCUACCAGGUGUGGCCUCGCAUGGAAGAAGGAGCCCAGCAGAUCUUUAAGAUCCCUCCCCCCAGCAUCAACUUCACUCUGCCAUCUCCUAUACUCGGCAUGCCUUGUGUUCCCAUAUUUGACCCUCCUUGGGUGCCCCAGAAUACAGGCAGCGUCCGGGACCCGAUCAAUGAAGACCAGUCCUUCUCCACAUUAAUUCAGUCAGUCCAUGCCAUAAAAUCCUUCUCGGCGCGGGCGGUGUCGCGCUCCCACCAGCGGGCUGAGCACAUCCUGAAGAACCUGCAGCAGGAGGAGGAGAAGCGCCGCCUGGGGCGCGAGGCUAGCAUCAUCACGGCCAUCCCCGUGGCCCAGGAGGCCUGCUACGAGCCCACGUGCAGCCCCCCGCCCGAGCAGGAGGAGGAAGCAGAAGAAGUGGUGAACCUGGCUUCGCGCCGUCUGUCCGUCAGCCCCUCCUGCGCCUCUAGCAACUCCCACAGGAACUAUUCUUUCCGUCGGGGUUCCGUGUGGUCGGUCCGCUCGCUGGCCAGCGCCGAAGAUGAAGAGAACACAACGGAACACACUCCUACACACCACAUGUUACAGCCUCCCCAAGCCGUUUUCCCAGCAUGCAUCUGUGCCGCAGUCCUACCAAUCGUGCACCUGAUGGAGGACGGGGAGGUCCGAGAGGAUGGUGUGGCCGUGAGUGCUGUUGCCCAACAAAUCCUGUGGAACUGCCUAAUUGAAGAUCCGGCCCUGGUUCUCCGCCACUUCCUGGAAAAGCUAACAGUGAGCAAUCGACAGGAUGAGCUGAUGUUCAUGUUAAGGAAGCUGCUGCUCAACAUCGGAGAUCUGCCGGCUCAGACCUCUCAUAUCCUCUUCAACUAUCUGGUGGGACUGAUCAUGUAUUUUGUGCGGACCCCGUGUGAGUGGGGAAUGGACGCCAUCUCUGCCACGUUGACCUUCCUGUGGGAGGUGGUCGGCUAUGUGGAGGGGCUCUUCUUCAAAGACCUCAAGCAGACCAUGAAGAAGGAGCAGUGUGAAGUCAAGCUGCUGGUCACUGCAUCCAUGCCAGGAACCAAGACGCUGGUGGUGCAUGGGCAGAACGAAUGUGAUAUCCCAACACAGCUUCCAGUCCAUGAAGACACUCAGUUUGAAGCCCUACUCAAGGAGUGCCUGGAAUUUUUCAACAUUCCUGAGGCCAGAUCGGCACACUACUUCCUCAUGGACAAACGAUGGAACCUCAUCCAUUAUAGCAAGACAUACGUGAGAGACAUCUACCCCUUCCGGAGAUCAGUUUCUCCGCAGCUUAACCUGGUCCACAUGCUGCCUGAGAAAGGACAGGAGCUGAUCCAGAAACAGGUGUUUUCCCGUAAACUAGAGGAAGUUGGACGUGUCCUCUUCCUCAUCUCCCUCACUCAAAACAUGCCGGCCGUGCACAAGCAGUCCCACGUCUCCCUGCUGCAGGAAGACCUCCUCCGCCUGCCGUCCUUCCCGCGGACCGCCAUCGACGCCGAGUUCUCGCUGGCCACCGAGCCUCAAGGCAAGGAGCUGUUUGGGCUGGACACCCUCCACAAGGUGCUGUGGAUCAAGCUGCUGGAGGAGAUGUUCCUGGGCAUGCCCAGCGAGUACCCGUGGGGCGACGAGAUGAUGCUGUUCCUCAACGUCUUCAACGGGGCGCUGCUGCUGCACCCUGAGGACAGCGCCCUCCUCAGGCAGUACACCGCCACCGCCAUCAACACCGCUGUGCACUUCAACCACCUCUUCUCCUUGAGCGGCUACCAGUGGAUCCUGCCGACCAUGCUGCAGGUCUACGCCGACUACGAGAGCAACCCUUUACUGAGGCGCGGCAUCGAGUUCUGCUGCCGGCAGUUCUACAUCCUCCACCGCAAACCCUUUGUCCUGCAGCUGUUUGCCAGCGUGGCUCCACUGCUGGAAUUCACAACCAGCACCAGUACCGGUCUUUCUAAAGGAGUGUCCGCUCAGUGUCUGUUUGACCUGCUGAUCUCUCUGGAGGGGGAGACCAAGGACGCUCUGGACGCUCUGGAGCUUGUUAAGGCUGAGAAGCCUCUACGCUCUUUAGAUUUUUGCUAUGGGAAUGAGGACCUGGCCUUCUCUGUCAGUGACUCCAUCAAGCUGUGUGUCACCGUGGCUGCCUACGCCCCAGAAUCCUUUAGGAGUCUGCAGAUGCUGAUGGUGCUGGAGGCCUUGGUCCCGUGCCACCUCCAGAAGCUGAAGAUCAACACGGUUACGAUGGAGUCGGCCUCAGCUGCCAGGGAUGAGAUUGCAGCCAUUGCUGCCUUGGCCACAUCCCUGCAGGCCCUCCUCUACAGCUCGGAGUCCCUCACAAGGCCCAUGACAGCCCCCCAGAUGUCCCGCUCUGACCAGGGCCAUAAAGGAGGCACUGCAGCUAACCACGCCAUGUCGGGAGGGGUCAACACCCGGGACAACCUGCACCUGCUGGAGGAAGGCCAGGGGAUGCCGAGGGAGGAGCUGGAUGAGCGCAUCGCCAGGGAAGAGUUCCGGCGGCCCAGGGAAUCGCUGUUGAACAUUUGCACCGAGUUUUACAAACAUUGCGGCCCGCGACUCAAAAUCCUGCAGAACGUGGCCGGGGAGCCGCGGGUCACGGCACUGGAGCUGCUGGACAUCAAGUCCCACAUGAGGCUGGCGGAGAUCGCCCACGCCCUGCUGAAAUUGGCCCCCUACGACACCCUGACCAUGGAGAGCCGCGGGCUGCGGCGCUACAUCAUGGAGAUGCUGCCCAUCACCGACUGGUCGUCCGAGGCCGUCCGCCCCGCCCUCAUCCUCAUCCUCAAGAGGCUGGACCGCAUGUUCAACAAGAUCCACAAGAUGCCUACGCUCAGGUGCGCUCGCCCACAGGCAUUAUGCACCAGGGUGGUGUUGUAUGGGUGGGUGUUCUCCAGGAGACAGGUGGAGUGGGAGGCGGCCAGCAGCCUGAUCGAGGGGAUCUGCCUGACCCUGCAGCGACAGCCAAUCAUCUCCUUCCUCCCACACCUUCGCUCGCUGAUCAACGUCUGCGUCAACCUGGUGAUGGGUGUGGUCGGUCCCUCCAGCGUGGCCGACGGGCUCCCUCUCCUCCACCUGAGCCCCUACCUCUCGCCCCCGCUGCCCUUCAGCACAGCAGUGGUGCGCCUGGUCGCCCUGCAGAUCCAGGCAUUGAAGGAGGACUUUCCUCUCAGCCAUGUGAUCUCGCCCUUCACCAAUCAGGAGAGGCGGGAGGGGAUGCUGCUCAACCUGCUCAUUCCCUUUGUGCUCACUGUGGGCUCUGGAAGCAAAGACAGCCCCCACCUGGAGCAGCCGGAGAUCUUCCUGCUCCUGCAGACGGUCAUCAACAUCCUGCUGCCUCCCCGGAUCAUCUCCACCUCCCGCACAAAGAACUUCAUGCUGGACGCCUCCCCGGCUCACUGCUCCACCCCGGGCGACACGGGGAAGGAUCUGCGCAGGGAGGGACUGGCGGAGUCCACCAGCCAGGCCGCGUAUCUGGCUCUGAAGGUGGUGUUGGUCUGCUUCGAGCGCUCGCUGGGAAACCAGUGGUACCGGCUCAGCUUGCAGGUGAAAGAGAUGGCGCUGAGGAAAGUGGGCGGCUUGGCCUUCUGGGACUUCAUUGACUUCAUCGUCCGAACCCGCAUCCCUAUCUUCGUGCUGCUGAGGCCCUUCAUACAGUGCAAGCUGUUGACGCAGCCCGCCGACUCCCAGGAGGAGAUCACGGCCCGUCAUCACAUCGCCGACCAGCUGGAGCGCCGAUUCAUCCCGCGGCCCCUCUGCAAGAGCUCCCUGUUUGCAGAGUUCAACAACGAGCUGAAGAUACUCAAGGAGGCCGUGCACAGCGGCUCUGCUUACCAGGGAAAGACGUCCAUCAGCACGGUGGGCACCUCCACGUCGGCGUAUCGCCUCAGUUUGGCCACAAUGUCGCGCUCCAACACCGGCACCGGCACCGUGUGGGAGCAGGAGAGCCAGCCAUCGCGCCAACCCUCCCAAGACACACUCAGCCGCACGGACGAGGACGACGAAGAGAAUGACUCUAUGAGCAUCCCCAGCGUGGUGAGCGAGCACGAGGCCUUCCUGCCCCGGAUGAUGGCGCAGCGCCGGUUCUCCAGCCACGCCACCGGCUCCGUGGCCUCGCAGCCCGAGGUGCCGCGCGCCACCAUGCUGCCCAGCCAUAGUGAACCCAAUGUGCUAGAUGAGUCCCAGGGCCUUCUGCAGGAGGGUAACCUCUCUAGGGUUGCCAGUGUGCAGAGUGAACCGGGCCCGCAGAACCUUCUGCUCCAGCCUCCUUUAGGAAGAAAGAGAGGCCUCAGACAGCUACGUCGCCCCCUGCUGUCCAUUCCAAAGAAUGAACCCCGCGGCCGAUCCGGAGCGAGGAUCUCCACCACGCGCAGGGGCAUCCAGCCCAAGAACAAACCACUGGAAACGUUGUUGGACUGUGAAGCGCACGCCGACCAAAAGCGAUCCGUCACCUUCACGGAGAACCAAGGCCAGGGGACCGCCGGCACGACGGAGCCAGCAGCUGAGGCCAGGAAGGCCAGUCCGGCCCUCUCCAAGUCCCCGACCCUGGAAGCGGCCUCCGUCUCCUCGGCGACGGUGACGGCCGACCUGCACGGCCCCGCUGAGACGCAGGUUGCUCCCGCCGUAAGCAGCAAGGAGAGGCGAGAGCAGUGGGGCCUCCGCAGCAGCCUCUCCCCCCCGCACUCCAUCUCCCGCCCCUCCACCCCGACACACCCGUCCCGGACCUGCUCCCCGCUGCCCCUCUCCCGGACCUGCUCCCCUCUCGCCUUGUCCCGCACCUCCUCUCCUCUGCCCCCGCCGCUGCCGGUGCUGGGCACGGCGCCGGCGCCCGGCCCCCCGCCUCCUCCGCCUCUGCCGCCGGCACCUCUCCUGCCUCCGCCGCCGCCGGGGGCCCCCCGCAUCCGAGAGAGCCCCGGUGACGAGGACACGGCGGCGCUGCUGCCGCGCGGCGACACCCUGCUGCAGCUGAGCGAGGACGGCGGCACGGAGAACCCCCUCCUCAGGCCGCUGCUGUCCCACCCCUCGCCCCGCCGCCGCCCCCUGCCCUUCUCCCCGGUCGACCUGGACCUGGACGAGUCGCACGUCUGAGGGUACUGUAGUUUGCCAUGAAGACGCCACAGGGAGGCGGGCGCUGCAGGCGCAUGCGAGCAAGCGGCGUAGUGAAGCAGGGGACGCGCAGGGAAGUGAGACCCUUCCUCAGUGUGUCGGUGAGCCAGCGACUGGUUUUCUAUCGCGUCUGUAGCCCGAAUGAAAAAAAAGAGAGAACCAUUCUUUGUUUUGCCCCAAAACAGAACUGCCCUCCCCUCGUCGUAGUUGUUUGGCUUUGACACCCCCCUCACUCUCCGCCUCUUUAGGACGGUAAUUAAUCCCUUACGCCUUGAAUAUCAGCAUAAUCGUCCUGUGUGUGUUCUCUUGGCUACACGGCCUGCAGGUUGAAUGUAUGUUUUAGCAGCACUCUACUUGCUCGACUCCUUCGUCAUAGCAACGGGGGGUCAUGCCCCAAGAUGGAAGGUUCAUUUUUAAAUUUUAUCCUGGAUUAGUACUCAAUUCAGAAGUUCAGAGAGGUUUAAGAAUGGAUGUUUAACAAAUCAAUGCUUCUAAUACUGUAUUUGAAUGUCUAUAUUGCAGAAAUCUAUAUGAAUUGAUAAAAGGAGAUAUUAUAUCUUGUAAAAAGUCUUGCAAAGUCUAUAAAGGAGGGCAAUUCAGGACAUGUAUAAACAGCGAAAGUAUCUAUAAGAGACUUUUAAAGCGGUGAGGCUUUAUAUUAUAUGAAGGAAAUAUACAGUAAAUAUUUAAAACAGCCUAUUUAUUUUAAACAUUUAUCUAAUGAGAAAUGUUUUUUUACUCUUCUGGAAAGCGUCCAUUGAGCAAAGUCCUGUUUCAUAACGUCAACCAUAAUUUCCUUUAACUCUUCUUCACACGUGUGUCGUGACGCUCGCCGUCUCAAUAGGAUAUUUUAUUAGGGAACAAAGACGGUACCUUUGUGUUUGUCAGCUUCAAAUAUCAUCUCCGACGAGAGAAGAGUUGUGCUGAUGGGACAGUGCAGGUUGUGUGUUGUUUGUGUGCGUCUGUGGCUCACCACAGUGUUACCUGGUUGCUUAUUCCACGCCUUAACACAGAACUAUUUACAUGUCUGUUUAUUGUGUCUGCUGAAACCCUCGUACCUCGUAAGUGUCCACUUUUAAUGAGAUCAUGUAGUUUUUGGACAUGUGGUGAUAUCCAAUAAUAAUAAUCUUAAUAUGUAUUUGAAACAUUCUGAUCUCACGCUGCUUGACUCCUGUCGUCACUAAAAAAAACAAUAGUGUAAUGAUAAUCACAUGAAUAUGUGCCAUAAGUCACGUCAACGCACACUGUGUUGUUGUUUUUUGACGUCAGUGCCGUGAAAAUGUCGCAUUUGUCAUUACAUAGAGAUUGUGAAAUGUAUUUUUUGCAGUGGGAAUAGAGAGAAAAUAAUGCAGCCUCAUCAGGGGUGUCUUAAUGCAGUUUACUCAACAAAUAUUUAAAGUGUAUUCUUAAUAAAAAUGCAAUUAAUAAUAAUUUAAGAUGCAGAAAUUCAACAUAUUGAUAAAGGAAAUGAAGCGAGAUAAUGUGUGUGUUAUGCAUUCUUGUCCCGUCCUCUGUAUCCGUGUCAACCUAAGCAAUGAUCUGUUCAUUAAUUUUAAACAAUGUAAGACAUUUCUAUCUCAAAUCCAUAAAAAAGGUACAAAGUACAAAGAUGCAUAAGCGUUUUUUGUCAGAGGGCCUUUGAACUGUUGAAUCUGAGUUCCCUUUAAAUGUAAUGCGUCCGUCAAAUUAUGUCCUCUUUGUGUUAGAACUAUAUAUCAGAAUAUUUCUGGAAUAUCCAAAUAAAUGAAUAUUGUUUACAAUUUA